AUGUCUUCCUCCACUAGGUCAUCCCAGAUCUUCCAUCGCUCCCUUCGGAAAACCUACCCCAUAGCUACUUCUGGGAAGGGAGUCUACCUUUACAGCAGUGAUGGCACCAGAAUAUUGGAUGGUAGCAGUGGUGCCGCCGUAUCCUGCUUGGGCCAUGGCCAUGAGGCCGUGAUUCAGGCAAUAAUCGACCAGGCUCAACGACUGGCAUUUGCCCAUACAUCAUUCUUUUCCAACGAUCCGGCGGAAGAGCUGGCGCAGCUUCUCAUAGAGAGAAGUGAUCAAGCCUUUUCCAGAGUCCUGUAUUUGAGCUCGGGCUCCGAGGCAGUGGAAUCGGCCAUCAAGUUAUCUAGACAAUACUAUCUCGCCCGUAACGAGCCGGCUAGAGUGAACUUUAUUGCCAGAAAAUCUUCUUAUCAUGGCAAUACUCUGGGAGCGCUUUCAGCGGGGGACAACCCUGUUCGCCGAGCCCCGUUUGCGCCUCUACUCUCGCCGGUCUUCCACCAUGUCUCUCGAUGUUUCUUUUCCCAUGACGCGGAACCAGAGGAAUCCGAGAAGACAUACGUGGACCGGCUCAUUGCGGAACUCGAGGCCACUUUCAUCUCACUUGGACCCGAGACAGUGGCAGCGGUAAUUGUCGAACCUGUCUCUGGUGCAUCCCUCGGCUCUGCACCCGCCGCGACGGGUUAUCUCAAGCGCCUACAGGAAGUCGCUUGGCGGCAUGGCGCGCUGGUUAUUUUCGACGAAGUGAUGUGCGGAAUGGGCCGCGUGGGGACUCUCCAUGCCUGGCAAUCUCUGGGCGCUGAGCCACCCGAUCUACAAACAAUUGGCAAAGGCCUUGGAGCCGGGUAUCAACCUAUAUCAGCCGUGCUAGUGGGCAAAACAGUGCACAAGGCCAUCGAGUCAGCAGAUAACACUCAUCCCUUCGUGAGCGGACAUACAUAUCAAGGCCAUGCAAUCGGGUGUGCUGCUGCGUUAGCCACACAGAAGACUAUAAUCGAGGGUGACCUGCUCCGAAAUGUCCGAGAAAUGGGGGCUCUCCUGCGGUCGAAACUGGGAAAUCUAACGCCGAAUGUGAAAGAAGUCCGUGGCUUAGGACUCUUUCUUACGGUCGAGUUUCAGACUCAGGGCAACAAGCCAAUGGCUGCCCGGGUAGCAUCGAUCUGUUUACACAAGGGCUUGGCUGUAUAUCUCUGCUCGUCACUUGUGGAUGCUGUUAUGUUUGCACCACCUUUUAUCAUAAACGAAAGCGAAAUUGAGGAGUUGGUCAGAGUUUUUAUUAGUUCAGUGGAGGAAGCAUGGGAACAGGAGUGA